CAGCGCGGCCAUGGCCAUGGCGGCGGUGGCGGGGGCUCGGGCCGUGCACUGCGCGCUCUGCCGGGGCGGCCCGAGGCGCUGGUACCGCACCGAGCGCGGCGUCUACGGCUACAAACCCCGCAAAGCGGCGGGCGGGCGGGCGGCGGAGCAGCGCGGCGCCGGCAGAGCAGUUGACCAUGCUCUUGCUCGUUUAWUAACUGCAUAUGCAGAACAUGGCCACAAAGCAGCCAAAAUAAACCCUCUKUUUGCUGGCCGAGCUGUUAUGAACAUGGUACCUGAAAUCCAACGGCUGGCUGAAGKUCUUCAGGGUCCUCUUGUAACUACAGGACUUAUAAACAUGGGAAAAGAGGAGGCUUCCGUAGAGGAUGUGAUGGCUUACCUUGACCAUAUAUAYUGCGGGCAUAUUUCCAUCGAAACAAGCCAGCUGCCAAAUUUGGAGGAGAGAGAAUGGUUUGCUAAAAGGUUUGAAGAGCUAAAGCAAGAAGCAUUUACACCUGAAGAGAAAAAGCACUUGUGCAAACUGAUGCUGGAGUCCCAGGAGUUUGAUCACUUCUUGGCCACCAAGUUUGCCACAGUGAAGAGAUAUGGUGGUGAAGGAGCAGAGAGCAUGAUGGGCUUCUUCCAUGAGCUGUUCAAGAUGUGUGCSUACAGCGGGGUCACGGAUAUCAUCAUUGGAAUGCCUCAUCGGGGCAGACUUAAUCUGCUYGCGGGCUUACUUCAGCUUCCUCCUGAGCUCAUGUUCCGCAAGAUGCGUGGUUUGAGUGAGUUYCCAGAGAAUUCAGCAGCCAUUGGGGAUGUUCUCUCCCACCUGACAUCUUCUGUAGAUCUCGACUUUGGCUCCCACAGACCAGUGCACGUCACCUUGCUCCCCAACCCCUCACACUUAGAAGCCAUCAACCCAGUGGCUGUGGGCAAGACACGAGCAAGGCAACAGACUCUGCUCGAUGGAGAUUACUCCCCAGAGAGCUCUGCACAGCCUGGGGACAAAGUUAUUUGCCUGCAGGUUCAUGGCGAUGCUGCUUUCUCUGGGCAAGGGAUUGUUCCUGAAACACUGACCCUCUCUAAUCUGCCACAUUUCAGAGUUGGUGGGAGCAUCCAUUUGAUUGUUAAUAACCAGCUGGGCUAUACCACCCCUCCAGAGCGAGGAAGGUCGUCUCUGUACUGCAGUGACAUUGGUAAAAUCGUUGGCUGUGCAGUUAUCCAUGUGAAUGGGGAUGAUCCUGAGGAAGUUGUCCGUGCCACACGACUGGCUGUGGAGUACCAGCGCCAGUUCCGCAGGGAUGUGAUCGUGGACCUGUUGUGCUACAGGCAGUGGGGCCACAAUGAGCUUGAUGAGCCCUUCUUCACCAACCCCAGCAUGUACAAAAUCAUCAGAUCCCGUAAGAGUAUCCCRGACACAUACGCAGAACACCUCACCGCUGCUGGGCUCAUGACUGAGGCUGAAGUGUCUGAGAUAAAGACCACGUACUAUUCUAAGCUGAAUGAUCACCUUGCCAACAUGACUUCAUACAGUCCACCUCCUACCAACCUGCAGGCUCACUGGAAAGGCUUCGUCGAGCCUUCUGCCAAAAUCACCACCUGGGACACAGGGAUGCCUGUGCCACUUCUGCAGUUCAUUGGAGUCAAGUCUGUGGARGUGCCUGAAGAGCUCCAGAUGCACAGCCAUCUCCUGAAGACCUAUGCACAGUCAAGAGUUCAAAAAAUGGAGGAAGGAAAAAAGCUGGACUGGGCAACUGCUGAAACUUUAGCAUUUGGUUCUCUGUUGAGCCAAGGGUUUAAUAUCAGACUAAGUGGACAAGAUGUUGGCAGAGGAACCUUUAGCCAACGACAUGCAAUGUUGGUUUGCCAAGAGACAGAUGAUACCUACAUUCCUCUGAAUCAYAUGUCACCAGACCAGAAAGGUUUCUUAGAGGUGAGUAACAGUCCCUUGUCWGAAGAAGCAGUGCUUGGUUUUGAAUAUGGAAUGAGUAUUGAGARCCCUAAGUUACUGCCAAUUUGGGAAGCUCAAUUUGGAGACUUCUUUAAUGGAGCCCAGAUAAUAUUUGACACUUUCAUCUCUGGAGGUGAGGCCAAGUGGCUUCUGCAGAGUGGGAUAGUGAUUCUUCUUCCCCAUGGCUAUGAUGGUGCAGGCCCUGAGCACUCGUCCUGCCGGAUGGAACGGUUCUUACAGAUGUGUGACAGCUCAGAAGAGGGAGUUGAUGGUGACCAGGUCAACAUGUCAGUUGUGCAUCCCACCACCCCAGCACAGUAUUUCCAUUUACUCCGACGUCAAAUGGUCCGAAACUUCAGGAAACCUCUCAUUGUUGCUUCUCCCAAAGUGUUACUCAGGCUUCCAGCUGCUGUAUCAAGUUUUGAAGAAAUGGCCCCAGGGACAACAUUCAAGCCUGUCAUUGGUGACUCCUCAGUAGAUCCUAAAAGUGUCACCCAAGUGGUGCUGUGUUCUGGAAAGCAUUACUAUGCUCUGAUGAAGCAAAGAGAAACACUGGGAGAGAAGCAGCACAGCACAGCUAUUCUGAGACUUGAAGAGCUCUGUCCUUUCCCCCUGGAAGCUCUACAGCAAGAGCUGAGCAAAUACAGCCAUGCAAAAGUCUUCAUCUGGAGUCAGGAAGAACCACAGAACAUGGGUCCCUGGUCCUUUGUGUCUCCACGGUUUGAAAAACAGCUGGGGCUUAAGCCUCGUCUUGUGAGCAGACCUCCUCUACCAGCCCCAGCAGUUGGCAUUGGAACUCUCCACAACCAGCAGCAGCAAGAUGUUCUGACUCACACGUUUAUCUAAGUUUUCAAUGGACACACUGCUCCUGAUGUCAGUCAUGUUUUGUGCCUCCUCCUGUGAAGAAGAGCAAAAGCCAGCUUGUUAAGACUCUUAGUUCUCCAAAAUGGAAAGAAAAAAAAAGGUGGAAUAAGUUUGGUAAUUAUGAAGCAAUUUUUUGAUGUAGGGGAAUAUCUAAUGAUGAGAARUGCCUGUUACUCCUGAUACAUCUUGUUCUCUUAUACAAUUUUCUACAAAAUGUCUUUAUAUAAAGUUAAAAAUCCAGUCCAGGGGACAGAUUGGUGAGGUGACUGUGGAAUACCUUAUAUCACACUGCCUGUUUGCACUUGACAGUUUCCUGGGCUGAUGCGUGUGUGGAAACAGGUUCUGUUUCUUCUGUUUCCACAGAAGUGUUARUGCUGCUUGAUCAAAUAAAUGCUUCCCCAUGCCUGGGAAUGAGCCAUUUCYAUAGCAGAAUGUUGUGGAUUCUCUUUUUUUCUCCUUGAGGGCCAGGAAUGCAAUCUGUUGUGGCUGUUGGUGCUCUUCUYCAUGCAUGAGUUGUUAAAGCAGGAUUCCCUUUGGAGGGACCRUGCAGAAUGGCUCCUGAACGCUUCAGGCACCAGUGUUUUUCUCACCCUGAGGGUGAGAAAUCCCAAGGGAGGGUUUCAGCAUUGCUGUCAUCUGGAUAAAGGAAACAAAUCAGUCUUUGCUAGGAAACARAAGGAUAAGGACCAAAACAUUGAGGUUAAGUGAGAGAAUAAUGAAGCCAAAUGAAAGACAGGCAUCCCAGUGUUGACUGCCCCACAGCAGCAUUCCCACCACCACCACCACAUGAUUUUUCCCAGCAUUUUCCCUUUCCUGGUUUCAGGGUGAAGUUGGCACSUCCUUGCUCUUCUCAGUUACCUGGGCAAGUAGUGCUUAAGUAAUCCAAACUCAUUGCGAGUCAGACAUUUCUUAAAAGAAACAAGUGGGGUUUAACCAGAUUCAGCACUUGCAGAUGGAAAGUCAUGGUAAGUGAGAAAGGGCAGAUCAGAGKCAGGGUGUGCAUUCACUUGGGAAGACAGCUCCCAAAUCAUCUCUGAAGCCUGCUUUAGUAUUUCAUCCUAGUUAAUUCACUUAUUCAUUCAUUCAACUCCAUAUGACGCAGAAGUAGCCUCUGUAACCCGUGUUCUGUGAUGUUUCACAUCACUGCUUUAGCACAUCCACCACAACAUGAAAUAAUGUUUCUCCCACUUUUCUAGCAAGCUGCACAACCUCCUGCCUAUCCUGAACAGCUUUAUCUAAUCAAGGCAUAUUCUGCUUUAAAUUUCUGCUGAUAACUAGAAAAAGGAGGCUGAGGAGUAGYGUUGCUUUGGCUGCAGCUGUAGCCAAAUAAGUUGUAGAGCAUAAUCACCAGCCUUGACUCCACACCGCUGGUUACAUAAACCCGCAGAUUUUCACUAUGACGGUGCAAACAAGUCAAGAACACACCCCAUGUUUUGAGUUUCACAUGGCCCAAAACUGACCCUGUUAUGCACCAUUCCCCCACAGGCUGCACAGGUCUGGUUAUCCAACUGAGUAAAAGAUGCUCAAGUGUUCCGACCCUGUUUGAUCCCCCUGGUGGGAGACAAAGCUAUUUCUGUAGGGCUGCUCGGCUGAAUGCCCCCAUCCUGGUGCUGGUGUGCAUGAAGCUCCCCAGGGAUACUGGGAUAGGAAGGGAGAGCUUCAGCACAGCUUUGCUCAGUCAGCUGAUGCAGACUGCCUGCAKAACACUGCUCUUGCUUGAUGGCUCACAGCUCCCAAGAGCAUGGCAAAGCAUUUGCUGACUUGGGGGCUAACGCUGUUUCUCCCACCAAUUCCGGAUGCACACAGGGCUGUUUUCCAUCUGUGUGCCUUGCUCUUCUCUGCAUGCAGGCUUGGACAUCCCUGCACAAUGUUGCAUUGCUUUUGCUUUGGGGAAAAGAGAAGCAGAAUUUAGAAUCAUAGAACCAUAGAAUAUCCUGAGUUGGAAGGGACCCAUAARGAUCAUUGGCGUCCAGUUCCUGGCCCUGCACAGGACACCCCAAGAGUCACACCGUGUACCUGAGAUGCUACACGAGUUGUGAGUGGACAGCAGGUCCAAGUCCUUGGACAGGAAAUUCUGUGAGUCAUUAACACAAGGAGAAGUGAACUUUUAUGUGCUGUUAGAUAGCAAGGAGCUAACUAGAAAGAGGGAGUUACAGCAUUUGUGCAUUGUGGUGUGUCAGGAUUUUCAGAGAGAAGUGCAAGACUAGAAAAAGAAAAAAGACAUUGAGUGGGCUUUUAGGUUGAGCAUUUCAUUAAAGGCAGCAGAAACUCUCAGUGACAAAAAGAAAACACCACAGGGAAACAAAUAUUAAAACAACUAUUUUAGUAACAAUUA